UUGCGGCUGCUUUGCGACACUACACACGCCACGGUUUACGGCACGGGGCCAUCCAUGGACGACUAGCAGCGCAAAAUGUUCAACAAGAAGCCCAGGAGAAACUUUCGGCAGAGAAAGGACAGUUCCGGUGACGACGAGGACCACCAAAAGAACACCGGGGAGGGAGAGGACAAUGGGCCGGUUCCCGUGUCGGCUGUGAACAAACCUCUGAAGGCGGUUCAGGGCCGCGGCAUCUCCUGCAACUCCAAGCGGGAAGCAACGCGUCCGAAGUCAGAUAGCAGUGAUGAAGAAGACGGGGACACACUGGAAGUUACAAAGGAGAUAAAGAAAGAAAAUGAAGACGUUUCCAAGAAAGCAAGCUCAAUUCUUAGUUUCUCUGACGAUCGAGAAGUUGGUGAGUCAACCUUUAAGUUGAAGAAGUCAACAGAUAAAGCGGUGCUGUUCCAAGUGAGGAAGAAGAAGGACGCUCCAUCAGCCAAGAUGACCCAUGCUUCAGGUGGUGGAGGUAUUCCAGCGUCAAAUUCUCCAAAACAAGAUGAUGGUAGCAUGUCUUCCCCUCACUCUGUGGACCAUGGUGAUGAUAGUGACAGCGAAGGUUCCAAAAGUGAGGAUAACGCCAGUGAUGAAGAUGGUUUCAAGUCUCCCUCGGAUAGCUCAGCCUCAGACUCCAGCGGUUCUGCUGUUAACCCAGCAAUUCCCAAUGCCGAACAGAUUGAGGCUGCCAGGAGGCACCGAAGUGCCGCUCGAGCCCAGAAAGAGUACAUUCCCCUGGGUAGAGAUGGCCACAGCUCGGCUGGCAGCACUCCGGAUCGCUACAGCAAGGAUGAUGAAGAAGAGCGAACUGAUGAGGAAGAUGAUGAAGCAGACGAUCACGAGAAAAGAAUUGAAUUUGCACCUCGGUUGAAGAGCAUCAGGGAGAGGAUCGCUGAGAAGCUUGGAGGAAGUGAUUGUAGCCUCUCAGGGACUGACGGGGAGGAGCAGGAACUUUGGGAAGAGACCCAAAUUGGAAAAGGCGUGAAGAGACGGCCAGGGGAACAGAGUCCGUCUGGCAGCGAGUCAAGCAGCUUCAGCAGCAGCAGUAACAGACGAAACGCAGGAAGACAAAAGAAAAGACCAACAGGAGUCAAAUUCCCCAAGACUCUACCUCCUGUCACUGUGUCAAUGGUCAAGAAGAGAAUCACUGGAAAAUUAGAUUCCCUGAAGGAGGUGCACAGAGCCCGGCAGGCGGAGUUGAGGAGGAUGGAGAGCGAUGUUGAAAAUGCCAAAGCCUCUUUGGAAAUCCUGGAGGAGAGUUCCUCUGAGAAGCAGCUGAAGUUUUAUAGAACCAUGACGCUUUACAUCCACAACCUGGUGGAGUGUCUACAAGAGAAGGUUGUAGAGAUCAACUCGUUAGAAGUGGAGUUGCACACACUCCUGUCUGACCACAUGGAGGCGCUGUUGACUCAGAGGAGAGAGCAGGUGAAGAAGCAGGCAGAGCACCUGCAGCAGCUCAGCUACAACUCAAGUGAGCAGAGUGGAACUUCAGCCAAUGGAGCAGAAACUAAGGGCAGCGAUACAACUGUGACAACUGAGGUGGAAUCUGGUGUUCCUGAAGACACGCAGCCUUCACCAGAAGAGGAGGAGCAGCUUCAAAAGACAAUAUCUGAGAUCUUGCUGAGGUCACAGGCAGUAUUUUCUGAUGUCCAAGAAGACUUUUGUAGCGUCAAAAAGAUUUUGUCUCGCUUCGAAGAAUGGCGAGAGUCCCACUCGGAGUCCUACCACAAUGCAUACAUUUCCUUGUGUCUCCCAAAACUGCUGAACCCCAUCAUCAGGCAUCAGCUGCUGGCAUGGAACCCUUUAAAGGAUUCCAGUGGAGAUUUUGAAAACCAGCCGUGGUUCACAGCAGUGGAGACAUUUUGUCACGGACACGGACACGAGGAGCUGGAGAACACAGACCGACAGACCCUGUCGAAUAUCACAGAGAGGACUGUCCUGCCAAAAAUCACAGCCUAUGCAGAGCUGGUGUGGGAUCCUCUGUCUCAUCAGCAGUCCGUCUGUCUGUCCGACGUUUGCCACAGACUGAAGGAAGAUUUCUCCAUCUUUGAAGGGGAGCAGAGUAAACCAGUCAAGGGAUUCAUAGAGGCUGUGGUCCGCAGGCUUAGGGACUGCGUGGAUGAAGAUAUCUUCAUUCCUCUGUACCCCAAAAAGUUUUUAGAGGACGGGAUGUCUCCUCAGAGCCGCUUCAGGGAUCAGCAGUUCUGGACAGCCAUAAAACUACUCGCCAACAUGGGCAGGUGGGAUUUGCUGCUUCCUGACUCUGUACUGAAGGAGCUGAUGUUGGACAAACUGCUGAACCGAUACCUGAUGAUCACGCUGUGCAGUCAGACACCGCCCAGCUGUGCUGGCGAAGCCUGCAAAAAGAUUGCAGAUAGUCUGCCGCCCUCUUGGUUCAGAGGCCAGAGCGUCUGUUUGCCUCAGCUCCAAAACUUCAGGAACCACAUUGUUCAGAAAGUUCACAGCAUCUGCAAAGAGCAGCGCCCUGAAGAUCCGAGCACCAGGUCUGCAGUGGUGGAGCAGCUGAAGCUUCUCAGUAAAAUUCGGUGCCACGACUCCAUCAUGACGAUAACGCAGAAGUAUCACUAUGAAGAUGCUAUUUACACCCAUCAGCUGCUGAACCAGGACACGCUGUGAUCAGCUCAUCUCCAAGAGAGGAUGGAUCACACUACACCAACAUAUGAGGUGCAGCAAGAAUCGUAAUGUCAGAACCGAUUCCACAGUUUUUAGCCGUCAAUAUUUUUCUGUCUGGGAAGAGAAACCUGUAUAUUUUUAAUA